UUUGCAGACAUUCAGUUUCAGUUAACGUCUUGAGCGCUUCGGUUUACCACUGUUGCUCAUACGCCGCGUUGCCCGCUGGAUAUAUCAAAUAAAGGAUUACCUCUGACCACUAACUAACCAACACUCAUUCUAAUCAAGAUGAUGAUGCUACACCCCACACCCGACCAGCGCGUGAGCAUCCGCGAGGAGCUCCGCGAACCUGAGGAUCCAGCAGAUAUUGAGCGGGACAUCAAGCUGAUCCGCGAGUGGCUGGAGACACAGCCGCAUCUGCCCAAGGACAUGGAUGACAUGCGCCUAACAACCUUCCUGCGCGGCUGCAAGUUCAGCCUGGAGAAGGUCAAGAAGAAGCUGGACAUGUACUACACUAUGCGCAACGCUGUGCCGGAGUUCUUCUCCAACCGGGAUAUUAACCGCGAGGAGCUUAACAUUGUUUUGGACUAUGUGCACUGCCCUACCUUGCCGGGCAUCACCCCCAACGGACGCCGCAUCACUUUCAUCCGUGGCAUCGACUGUGAUUUCCAGCCGCACCACAUCCUGGACGCCAUGAAGGUUGCAUUGAUGAUUGGCGAUGUGCGCCUGGCGGAGGAGAGCGUUGGCAUUGCCGGUGACAUUUUCAUCCUGGAUGCGGCUGUGGCCAGUGCUUCCCACUUUGCCAAGUUCUCGCCAACGGUGGUGAAGAAAUUCCUGAUUGCCGUUCAGGAGGCAUACCCUGUGAAGGUGAAGGAAGUGCAUGUGAUCAACAUCUCGCCCCUGGUGGACACCAUCUUCAACUUUGUCAAGCCCUUCGUGAAGGAGAAGAUCCGCAGCCGUAUCACCUUCCACAACGACGUGGAGAGCCUCUACAAGGUGGUGCCCCGUGACCUCCUGCCCAACGAGUACGGCGGCAAGGCCGGAGGCAUCGUUGAGCUCAACCAGUGGUGGAAGCAGAAGCUGGCCGACAACACCAAGUGGUUCAAGGAGCAGGAGGAUAAGAAGGCCAACGAGUCGCUUCGCCCCGGAGCCCCUAAGACCACAGACGAUUUGUUUGGAAUGGAGGGCACCUUCCGCCAGCUAAACAUCGACUAGGCUCGUUGUCCUUACCCCAAAUCCCAGCCAGCUUGUCUAACCGUGUAUAUUAGCCGCUCAUUGUUUAGUCCAAGCUCAUGUGCAUGACUCUUGCUUAAAUGCUUCAUUUUCUCGCCAGAACCCAUUGUUAUUUUAACUUUAUGUUUCUCAUCAGUACAUUUCAGUAAUUACAAUAAAGAAUCAGCAGCAUAUUAAGGAAUGAAUAAAUAAAAA